UUCACGUGUGAGCAAAGAUUGUGGAAUGCCAGUUUUACGUAUCUUUGAGGUGGUGGGGAAAUGAUGUCAUAAGAAGUAACAGUGGGUGGGUUGGCGGUUUUUUAGGUUAACGUCCAGCUUUUCAGUGUAAUCAGUUUAAUUCUUUCAACGUAUUGUAGACUUCGUAUGUUAGUGAUUUAACAUUCGAGAAUGUCUAAUCGCAUUACACCCAGAAAGGGGAAGGUUUUGGCUAGAAAGAAUUUCAAGGUGAUUGGAGACCAUGAAGAGUUCUUGUCACGAAUAAAUAAAACAUUGUACUAUGGGAAACUACCGACGACAGAGAGAUUUAGCUUACCCGUUUCAGAGCUUGCUGCAGAGUUGUUUUCUGAAGAGAAGUAUGGCCGCAGCUUGGACAGAUUGCGCCUGGAGGAAGCUGCAUCAAUGUCUCGGAAUGCUUGUGUGUCUCCGUGUUCUCUGGUUCUUGCACUUGUUUACUUAGAAAGGCUGAAGGUUUCAAAUGUUGAAUACGUACGUCAGGUUCCACCCUCGGAAUUAUUCUUGGUGACAAUGAUGGUGGCCAGCAAAUUUCUGUAUGAUGAUGGUGAGGAAGAUGAAGUUUUCAAUGAUGAGUGGGCAGCAUCAGCAGGAAUUGACGUGAAAGAAAUGAAUCGUUUUGAAAGAGACUUCCUGCAGGCUAUUAAUUGGGAAGUCUUUGUGAGUGAACAGAAUUUUUGGAAGAGGCUCAGGUGUCUCGAGAAGCAGAUUGCAUUACAAGAAGGCAAGCGGAGAGGUUGGUUUACUUAUACAGACAUGGAGAGACUUCUGGAAUCUGUAGACAUAACAGCAUUAGUGAAUGCAGUUCUUACAGUGUCUGCUGUUUGCAUAACAAGUUACACUGUAAGUGUUUUGGCUCUGCUAGGAUCUGCAUUUAUUGUCAGCCAAAUACCAGGAAAUGCCAUCUCUCGGAAUACUCAAGACGUCAGUCAAUCAGCUGCUGAGAUACCUCAGAAUUUUACAGCUAACAGUGAGCAGGAGAAUGCUGAUGCCGUGGUUACAAAUUUCAUUCUUGCCUCUCUCGGGUCAUCUGAUAGAGACAACACUGCCGUGUCAGUUGACUUCAAUCAUAAUAUUGUCAAUGAUAUUGCAAUGAAGUUGUCAGAACAGUCUACAGAAACUGUGGAAGGAAAUGGAACUGCUUGCCCUGCUGUAACAAAUUCAUACAGCUUUGAUGAUGAAAUUAGUUGGAAACUAGUGAAGAGCCUAGUGGACUGGUUUUGGCACCACUCGUGGCUACAAAAUAAUAAUCGAAGAGGUCACACUUACUUUGACCUUACAACAGCACAAGGAAAUUAUUCAUAUUCCUCUUUGCAUUGGAUAACAUUUAUUGCACCGUGGUCAUUGAAAGUGCCACAUCAUAUGGCAGAAAUGUCACCGGGUGAAGUAAUCAGCCUUUUUCAGUAGAACAAGGGAAAUAAAAAACAUUAAAUUUUACAAAUGAAGAUAACUGUUGUUAAAUGCGAGAUAGAGCUAUUUUUGGUAACUGCUUUUCUAUGUACAAAUAAUAAAAUAAGUUUGUGCUACCUGCAAGUGUACUUGUUGAUCAAAUGCUUUUUAAACUCAACUAAGUCUGACUGUGAAAUUCUUUGAGAUUGUGAAUAACAUCUAUAACUUUAGUCAAAAAUUUCUUGUUUUUAUUUCCUCUCUUUUGCCAUUAGUUUUGUGAAAUAUGUGAAAAUAAGACUUGUGCCAAACCCUGUUGCCUUUUUGUCUUAAUAGUGAACUGUGCAUUUGUGCAUUGCACCUGAGUAUUUAACUGAGCUUUGUACAUUUGACUAUCUUCGUGAAAUUUAUAUCUUUGUGGAGAGGAAUGGUUGUAUAUAAAAAAAAGCCAUUACCUUAACAGGAGGAACUAAUUUAAGUUUCAUUGUUUUUAACGUUCUUGGUGCAUUGGCGGGUGAAGAGCUUUCAACGUUCAAGGCGUGUUGUGCAUGUGAAAAAUGCUAUAAUGAUUAGGAUCAUAUUUUAAAGAGUAAGAAUAUCCAUUACUGGUGCGUAGGUUGAUGGGAUUGUGGACAACAAUCCCGUACACACUGGGAGAUAAACUAAUACGAGCAUUGUGAUGAAGUUUAGAUUGGAGGCUGUGUGUAUUUUAGUGUAAGAGUAUUAUGAUACUUAAGUUUU